UGUAUUGUACGGCGCAACGUCCAAUAUUGUGUUCUCGAAUAUGGCGAAAGUAGUGAAUGUACGUGUUGUGAUAAAUGCUCUGUUGUGACUUACUAUGUUUGAAAAUGGAUAGUAACGUGAUUAUUUAUACAAAGAAAGUGUGAUAAUAGUGUAAAUAUAUAUUUUGUUGUAAUUAAAAGGAAAAUACCAAAAUGUCUACAGAUAAAAUAAAAGUUGCAGUUAGGGUCCGUCCUUUUAAUCGUAGAGAGCUUGAAUUGGGAACACAAUGUGUCGUCAAAAUGGAAAAACAACAAACCAUCCUCCAGCAGCCUACGACCCUGGAUAAAAUGGAAAGGAAACAGCCAAAGACUUUUGCAUUCGACCAUUGUUUUUGUUCGGUGGAUCCGGCCGUGGAAGGCUUCGCUUCACAGGAAGUCGUUUUUGAUAGCCUUGGGCGGGAUAUCCUUGACAACGCGUUCCAAGGAUAUAACGCCUGUAUCUUCGCUUAUGGCCAAACAGGUUCUGGUAAAUCGUACACGAUGAUGGGUUCUCAAGACAACAAGGGGAUAAUACCACGAUUAUGUGAUGCGUUGUUUGGCCUAAUUGCAAAGCAACAAAGCUCAGAACUUACUUACAAAGUAGAAGUAAGUUAUAUGGAAAUUUACAACGAAAAGGUUCACGAUUUGUUAGAUCCUAAAACGAAUAAGCAAUCAUUAAAAGUGAGAGAACACAACGUGCUUGGUCCCUACGUUGACGGCUUAUCCCAGUUAGCAGUAACGUCGUUUCAGGAUAUCGAUAAUUUGAUGGCUGAAGGCAAUAAAUCAAGGACGGUGGCUGCUACAAAUAUGAAUAGCGAGUCGUCUAGAUCUCAUGCGGUGUUUACGGUCAUACUAACUCAGACUUUGGUUGAUACUCACACUGGAGUAACAGGAGAAAAAGUCAGUCGCAUGUCUUUGGUAGAUUUAGCUGGUUCGGAAAGGGCUGUGAAAACUGGAGCGGUUGGUGACAGGUUAAAAGAAGGCUCCAAUAUCAAUAAGUCGUUAACAACGUUAGGUCUAGUAAUAUCAAAAUUAGCCGAUCAAUCGUCUUCAGGGAAUAAAAAUAAAGAUAAUAAAUUCGUGCCGUACCGAGAUUCUGUGCUAACGUGGAUAUUGAAAGAUAAUUUGGGCGGGAAUAGUAAGACUGUAAUGGUGGCGACGAUUUCGCCUGCAGCAGACAAUUACGAAGAAACGUUAUCGACCUUGCGGUACGCCGACAGGGCGAAGAGAAUUGUCAAUCAUGCUGUCGUCAACGAGGACCCGAAUGCCAGAAUCAUAAGAGAAUUGCGACAAGAAGUCGAGGCAUUGAAGGAAAUGCUAAAGCACGCUACUGGUUCUCCGGUUGGUGAUAUCCAAAGAGUUGAUAUUCACCAAAAAUUGAGCGAAAGUGAAAAAUUAUACAAAGAAGUGUCUCAGACCUGGGAAGAGAAACUAAUGAAAACCGAAAGAAUUCAGAACGAAAGGCAGCAGGCGCUGGAGAAGAUGGGCAUUAGCAUACAGGCGUCGGGGAUAAAAGUCGAGAAAAAUAAAUAUUAUUUGGUUAAUUUGAACGCUGAUCCUUCUCUUAACGAGCUCCUUGUGUAUUAUUUGAAGGAAAGGACAAUAGUCGGAGCAAGGAGUUGUGGUUCUGGAGUGGAACCCGAUAUACAAUUAUCCGGAUUGGGUAUUCAACCCGAACAUUGCAUAAUUACCAUCGAGGACGGUGGUUUGUUUUUGGAGCCACUGACGAACGCCCGCUCUUACAUCAACGGUUCCCAAGUAACGCAAAGGACGCAGUUAAGGCACGGCGAUAGGAUAGUUUGGGGAAAUCACCACUUCUUUAGGGUAAAUUGCCCGAGAUCAGUUUCUGCCACGUCGGAGCCUCAAACACCAGCACAAAAUAUCGAUUACAAUUUUGCCCGCGAUGAACUUAUGUUAAAUGAACUUAUUAACGAUCCAAUACAAGCUGCUAUCUCCCGCCUUGAAAAACAACACAAGGAAGAUAAACAAGUCGCAUUGGAAAAACAACGAAUGGAAUAUGAAAGGCAAUUCCAGCAGUUGCGAAACAUUAUGUCCCCUUCGACACCCUACCCUCCUUAUUCCUACGAUCCCCUGAGAGCCAAUUUUGGCAAAACAACUCCUUGCACACCUACGACACAGAUGAGGGUUGAAAAAUGGGCGCAAGAGAGAGACGAAAUGUUUAAAAGGAGCAUAGGACAAUUAAAAGAAGGCAUCUAUCAUGCUAAUUCUCUGGUGCAAGAAGCGAACUGCUUGGCUGAGCUAAUGGGACGAAAGACCAAAUUUAGCGUCACUUUACAAAUACCCCCAGAUAGACUCAGUCCAAACAAAUGGAAAGGUGCGUUCGUUAGCGAACCCGCGAUUCUAGUUAAGAGGGGCAAACAGAGCCAAGUUUGGUCAAUGGAAAAACUUGAAAAUAAGAUAGUAGAUAUGAGAGAGCUGUACGAAGAGAAGAAAGAACAAGGGGACUAUACAAAAGAUUCGCCGAUUAAAGAACAGGAUCCCUUCUUCGAAUCGCAGGAAAAUCAUAAUUUGAUAGGUGUAGCGAAUAUUUUCUUGGAAGCUUUAUUCCACGACAUUAAGCUAGAUUAUCACACACCCAUUAUCAGCCAACAGGGCGAAGUUGCGGGACGCUUACAGGUGGAACUCAGUCGUGUCGCGGGAACUUUCCCCCAAGACCGAAUAUGCGAAGCUGCUUCCGACAACUCGUCCGACAGCAGCCACGAUGAAGAAGACCACGGCAGCGCGAACGUCACCUGCCGCGUACACAUCAAACAAGCCUCUGGUCUACCUUUAUCCCUUUCUCACUACGUGUUUUGCCACUACACCUUCUGGAACCACCCCGAUUCUGUAGUAGUUCCAGACAAGAACGACGUUCCUAGUGUACUACCCAUGUCUAAAGAUAAGAUCUCUAGGUUUGACCACAUUAAAGACUUCACUAUCUCCAUGACGGAAGAAUUUUUGGAACACUGUUCAGAAGGAGCUCUCUCUAUAGAAGUGUGGGGAAACCGAAGCGCUGGUUUCUCAAAAGAACGUCCCGGUUGGGAAGUCGAACAACAUCAACUGGCAACCGCACGCUCUUUAGUUGAUCGCUGGUCCGAACUAACUCGUAAAAUCGAACUGUGGGUCGAAAUCCAAGAACUAAACGAUCAAGGAGAGUACGCACCUGUGGAAGUCACUGUCAAAAAUGAAGCGUCAGCUGGUGGCGUUUAUCAGCUACGUCAAGGUCAACAGCGCAGGAUUCAAGUUAGAGUUAAACCAGUACAGAACUCUGGUACUCUCCCCAUCAUAUGCCAGCAAAUAGUUAAAAUUGAAGUGGGGGGCGUGAUGGUGCGAAGUCGUCUACAAAAACAUCUAGAUUCGUACCAAGAAGAAGACUUGACUAUUUUAAGAGAAAAAUGGAGUGAUGCUCUUUCGAGAAGACAUCAAUAUUUGGAAGAACAGAUUAAGAAGCUUUUGGACAAACCAAACAAAAGUGAACAAGACGUGGAUAGAGAACACAGUCUGAUGGAUCAGUGGGUCAAUUUAACUGAAGAAAGAAAUGCAGUGAUGGUUCCUACGCCUGGAACUGGAGUUCCUGGGGCACCCGCCGUAUGGAUGCCUCCACCAGGAAUGGAACCUUACGUUCCUGUGUUAUUUUUGGAUUUGAAUGCCGAUGAUCUUACCGCACAUCAAUCCGGAGCGGACAUCACAGUAGCUGGUGUCAACUCCAUAUUGUCGAAAGAAGUGGGUAGUACUUUUUAUAGUCUACAUAUAUUGCAACAUCUAGAGAAAGAUGUUUGUGCCGUUGCUAGUUGGGAUUCUUCAAUACAUGAUAGCGCCAACUUAAACAAAGUUACUGAGCCGAUGGAAAGAGUGUAUAUGAUUCUAAGAAUAACGGUGAGGUUGUCGCAUCCAGCCCCGAUGGAUUUGGUGCUUAGAAAAAGGCUGUCUUUAAAUAUAUAUAAAAGACAGAGCAUUACAGAUCGGAUCAAGCGGAAAAUUGUGCGUGCGGAUGUUGUGACCCAGUGUGGAGUCACUUAUGAAGUUGUUUCGAAUGUUCCUAAAGCUAGUGAAGAACUGGAAGAUCGAGAAUCGCUAGCACAACUUGUAGCUUCUGGAGAUGACUCUUCUUUGUGUGAUGGAGAAACAUAUAUCGAAAAAUACACACGUGGGGUCAGUGCUGUGGAAAGCAUAUUGACCCUUGAUCGCUUAAGACAGAGUGUAGCAGUUAAAGAAUUAUUACAAGCCAAGGGUCAACCUUUGAUGAGAAAGACAGCGAGUGUUCCUAACUUCUCUCAGGCUUUGGAAACAAAGAAUGGGCUUAUGAGGUUAGAUACCAGCACCGAAUCUCUCCAGAUGUCACGAUCUGAAAGUGUGUCAGAACUUAAUAGCGAACUUCACGGUAAAACGACACCGAUACGGUCAAGAUCUAGCUUUGGUAAAGAGUCCGAGGGCACUCCAACCAAACCCUUCGGUAUAGGCUCCAUUCUUUCAGCUCGUCCGACUUUCUUAAAUCUCAGCUUAAACCUCAACUCUUUAAGAUUACAACAACCUGCUGGACCUUCGAAACUAUUCCCGGGUCUUACGUCACCAGCUAACACUAAACUGGGUCUUAGGAUGACCACACUUCAUGAAGAACAACCCUCCUUGCCUAGAAAGCACUCGCUUGAUAUUUUGAGCGACGAUACUAUUGAAGAACAAUGUGAAGAAGGCCAAGACGAAAAGAAGGAGGUUACUUAUACUAUAAAGAGUAGGAGUAACGGGAGGCGAACUAUUCCUACUUCUAGAACUCUGGAUUCUCUUGUGGAGUUGGCCCCAAAAUCAGGUACACCUUCGACCACUUCUAGUGGUUACGGUUCUCAGGCUGUUUCAUCUAGUAAUCUGUCAAGUGACGACUCUAUGUCACUACGCAGUAUGAGCGUUGAUGAAACACCCGAUUUAGAAAACAAACCGCCUGUAUCGAACGAUUUACAACCGGUAACUGAAGCCUCGGAUAGUUCGAGUGAAGCCUGUCAAGAAAGUACUUAUAGUGAAGAUCCUCCAAUCAGUAAAGACGAUAAUCCCGACGACUACUUGGUAAACGGUGUUGACAAUCAUUCCGAACCUAACCCAGAAAAACCUCCAGACAACGAAAGCAGCACAGUAAUCAAAACAAACCUAUCACCAGGACGCGUGGUGCGGAGGAAAAAGACAUCAAAAACGCAACAUUCCCAACGAGCAUCAUUUCCACAAGCGCGCCCACAAUUAUCAGAAAGUAAAGUUGCUCAAAAUCUAGAACAGAGUCUAAUCCAGACGAAUUUACUACACGAUGACGAAGGAUUAGACAGUUCUAAUGAUCGCUUAGAAGAUGAUUCAGAAAACACUUUUGGAUCGAAGCCUGACCUAAGCAAAUUAUCAGACGUUCCCGUCCCUGAAUGGGUUGUGUUGGGUGAAAGUGUUCUUAUAAGACCAUAUAAUUCUUCAGGUGUCGUCGCCUAUAUUGGCGGCACCGAAUUUGCCGCUGGUACAUGGAUCGGCGUUGAACUUGACGCCCCCAAAGGCAAGAACGAUGGGAGCGUUCAAGGCGUCCGCUAUUUCAGCUGUCGACCGAAGUAUGGAAUGUUCGUGCGUGCCGAUAAGUUAAUACUGGACCGCAGAGGACGUGCAAUGCGUGCUUAUAAGGCUGAUUCUCUUGCCAAUAAUAAUAAGUGUGCGUCUGGGAAAGGUGACGGUCUUCCCAGGUCGCGUUCACGUGGCGAUGGGCUGAAUAGUGUGGGGACGAGACCCAGUUCUAAAGCCAAAUAGGCACAAUAACUAGUCCCCUCCAAUAAUCCACCCGAUUUUAUGUAUUGUUGUGUGUUAAAAACACAUUCCAUGUGUGUAGCUGUGCCGUCCAUUUAUGUGGCAUAGAAACUUCCUAACUAUUUUUAAAAAAAUCGUUUUGUUAAUUUUGCUGAUCUUUUAGCCUUGCGUUGCUGUUCGGUUGCACUUUUGCUGCCAGAAAUCGACUUGACUUGGCCAACUGACUAAAUGACUACCUCCAUCAUAAAUUUCCUAAAUGAUUACUUAUGUACCGGCAAUCGUGUAAAUUGGCCCACAUUAGAAGUAGGUAGUUUUACAUGUGCCGUAGCUUAGGUAACCUCAGGCACAUAUCAAAUCACAUCAUUGAGUGAAACGCGAACGGAAAUCGUUUUAAUCUUGUCAAAAUAAUCCAGUAUUAUCGGCUCUUCUCGUUAUUUUGAGAAUAAUGGAGGCAAGAGCUCUCUGUACCUUGAUCGUUGAACGGGUUAUUUGAGGAUUAAAUUUGUUUUGUUAGUUUCUUUGAACCAGUUACUCUUGGUUUUAUAUUUUAAGAAUUUCUUUCUGUGAUAAUUGCUGUUAGUUUCCACAGAAGCCCUGGAAGUCUAUUGGCUAAAGAGACAGUCUGUGGGUUUAUAGGUUUUUGCGUGCUGUAUAAUUGAACAGAUAUAGUAUAUAAACAUAUAAUUGUAAUAGAAUGUAGUUUACUAAAGUAUUUAAACAAUUUCUGUGUGUUUGUAGAACAUUCUAGUGAUAAGAUAUGAUAGGUCUGUAGUGAUGAUUUGUUUUUGCUAUGAUUUCGUCACGAGUAAGACUGCAAUUAAGUUUGUCACUUGCAACUUUUUACAUUCCAUUUUAAAUAAUUGAUUAUGUAAAUUAAUACGCAAUGUUAUCUAGUCUUUACUCUUUGUUUGUUGCUCAGUGAUUAUGUUAAUCACCCAUUUGAUUCGGGUUUAGUCGUCCAGCCGGAGUCGCUUCGGCAGAAUAAAUACUAAACCUGCACACCUGUCCAAUUUGAACCGUUCUGUCCAAUUUGGGAUAAUAUUAAUGUAAAACUAUAUACCUGAUGAUGUAAAUUACUUCAUACUGACAUUACUAGAGAUUUCACGCUUGGGUAUAUUUGCAUUCACUUUAUCCAUACACACCACAUUUAUUAUGCGUGUCACUCUAUGUUAGUCAUUGAACAUAACUGUAAUAUAGUUCUCCUUUGUAA